UUUCCCCAUUUCCUAAUGGAGAAUUAAAUACUAUCGACAAUUUACUCCAGGGUCUUUCCAAAAUGAAGUUGUUCGUUAUUAUUUGCUUUGUACUUCAAGUUUCAACGGUUUUUGGCCAAGUUCCUGACCCACCACUUUCUCCUUCAAAGCUCAUCUUCAUCGGAUUUACAGCAUACGGCAAACAGUUUUAUACGCAAAAUGUCCUCCUCAAUUUAACUCAGGCGGAAGAAUUCUGUUCACAAUACACGCUUAAUAUCGCAUCUGUCGACACUUACGAUGAAGGCGUCAUGCUUGGCCAGUGGGCAACAACGCUAAACUAUCAAGAAUACGUCAUCUCAUCGUACCAAGAAGGGCUGGGUGUCGUCCCAUUUCAAAGUUUGAACUGUGCUGAAUCUUCCCGCGUUAACCAGACUGUUUGGAAUUCAGCAUCUUGCGAUGGCCUUGGUCAUCCCUUAUGUGUCACCAAUUAUACGAAUCCCAAUCCCAACCCAGCACCACCCACCUCGGAGGAACUCACAUUAAUCGGAAUUUCUACCGUUGGUCUCAUCAAGAAAGAAUUUUACGGAUAUCGACCUCCCUCCAAAUGGAGUGACGCAUACGACGUUUGUAAAUCACGAGGGCUGCAAUUAGCAACCAUUGAUCGGGAUGAAGAUCAAUUUACAAUUGUACGAUGGAGCGUUACAACAGCUACGGCGACAUGGUCCUCCUUCUGGAUCGCGGGUACUGCCAAGCUAACUGGUGACUGGCUUUGGAUUUCGAAUGGUCAAGAUGUCCCACUUCCAAAUGCGGCUUCCAAUAAAUUUCAGUGGUGGGCGGAAGGGCAACCACGAACUGACCCAACAGGACAAACCUGCUUGGCAACCUUCCUUGGGUCAGACCGUUCCUGGUAUCCCGCCCCAUGUUGGCAAGGCCGCCCUGCUCUUUGCAUGCGGGUAUCAAGUAUUAAUGGGUGAAGGUACAGUUAUUUAUAUGAUUAGUAGAAGCAGCUAUGACACUAUCUGAAAUUUGAAAUGAUUGAAUAAUAAAUAACUAAAGUUAAAAAAUGCUACAUUUGCAUAUGUAGAUUUGUAUAUGUACCGACAAGGGUUAAUUGUUACCUAGGCUACAUAUAUAUUAACGUGUGGAUGCAUUUGUAUAUCCAUAAUACACAUUCGAAUUUCUAACUCUCAAAGUAUUAUCCCGUGACAUCAGAUGGACGUUGUUACUCGUCUCUUGCCCCAGAUUAAACCACUACAGGUUUUAAAAUCGGGAAAUAUUUAUUCGUUGUUGGCAUUGGAUGAGAUUCUCUUCAAGGAACAUCCUCUCUAGCUAGCACUUUUUGCGAUUAUGUAAGA